AUGACACUAUUCGCUGACGACACUGCACUAUUCUAUAAUGGUAAUGAAAGGGAAAUUUUCGAAGAUGCUCAAAGAGACCUUAUUAAAAUCUGUGAUUGGACUAGUCAAAAUAAUAUUAAGUUAAAUGAAAAUAAGUGCAAUUAUAUAGUAUUUAAGAAUACACACUCUUCACCAAUAAGCCUAAGGAUAAACAAUACGCCAAUAAGUGAAGUAAAACAUGCUAAUUACCUCGGACUCACUAUAGACAAUAAACUAAAUUUUGAACAACACAUACGUGAAGUUAAAAAAACCAUCAACAAUAUGUGCUACUUUCUACGCAAAAAUGUAUUCCUAAUGAAUCAAAAAACCAAAUUCCAGAUCUACUAUGCAUUUCACACUUAACUUACCUCCCAUGCAUUUGGGGACAGGCCAGAAAAUGUAAUAUUAAGGAUUUACAAAUUUGUCAAAACAAAUCAUUAAAAAUAAUAUUUAAUAAAACACCUAUGGCAAACACAAUAGAAAUGUACAAAGAACUUAGAAUACUUCAGAUUCAGGAAAUCAUUAAUCUAGACUCCAUGAUCUUAGUGUACAAAAUAAAAAACAAUAUUUUAAUUACCAAAAUUAAGCUGCAAUUAAACUGUGACUUACACGAACACAAUACCAGGAUCAGACAACAUUUCCAUGUGGUACCAAAUUCUUCAAAUGUGGGAAACAAGAAGAUCUCCUCUCAGGCUAUGAUAUUGUUUAACCAACUACCAGAAAAUAUUAAAAUGCUUACAUCCUUAAACUUAUUUAUUCUUAAUUUAAAAAAUUAUUUGUUCUCACUGAGAACUUGA